UCGAACAAGAAACAAUAAUAAGAGAACUUAUAGAUAGAAAAAGUCUAUAUGGGGAAUUGUGCACUAAAACCCAAAGUUUUGUCUGAAACCGGAGCUCCGGCGCCGGAGGAGCUGAAGGAUUCACUUCUUGAAUACCAUAAGAUCGACGCUGCAAAAUCUCUUAGCAACUUGUUCAUUCAAGAUAAGGCAGAGAAGAAGACAAAAGAUGAUGAGAAGGUAACACCGGAAACUGUACCGCUAGCUGAAGAUCUGAAAACAGCUUUGGCCGAGGAAAAAUCUCCGGCAACAGAGACAACUUCUCCGGUAACAGAGUCAAAAUACCCGGUGAUGGAGGACAAAGCUCCCGCUGACGAGAAGACUACACCUGAAUCAAUACCGGUGACUGAAGAUCUGAAAACAGUUUUGGAGGAGGCAAACCCUCCGGAAACAGAGACAAAGUCUACAACAACUGAGACUAAAGCUUCGGUUGAUGAUGAGAAGGCGAAGAACGCAGAGGCCGCUCGUGAAGAGAAAGCUAUUGACGUUGUGAAUGUGAAAGAAACAGAAACAGAAGCGAAAGCAGAGGAGGAAGGAAGAGAAGCAGCAGCACAGUGAAACAGCCUUUGAAACGCUUGUUUCUUCGUUUUUUUAUAGCAAAAUGUUUUGUUUCGGAAUUUUUGUUUAGAUGAUUAUGUUUCCUCGAGAAAAAAGCGUAAACGCUGGAUUUAUUAUAUGAAUUGAAAACUUCAGAUUUCCUCCUAUAAAGGAU